UGUCUGGAGGAGCUUGAUUUUAGUAAGAACCCGCUGGGUGAUGGUGUGUCAGAGUCCCUGUCCUGUCUGCUGUCCUGCUGCCCUCUGUUAUCCAAGCUGUCUCUGCAGGCCUGUGGCCUCACCGCUCGAUUUCUGCAGCAGCAUCGACUGCUGCUAGCCAGCGCUCUGGCAGACACGGGGCACCUAAAAUCAAUAUGCCUAUCCCACAAUGCACUGGGCUCUACUGGAUUUGAGCUGGUGUUAAAAACUCUGCCUCUGCACUGUCUCACACACCUGGACCUGUCUGCUGUCCUCAAGGGUCCUGCUGACAUCCCAGCACUGGAACACCUCACCAAAGUCCUGUCGCAGGAUGACUGCUCACUGACCCACCUGAGUCUGGCAGCAAAUGGGUUGACGGACAGCAGCGUAUCCACCUUGGCCAGGUGCCUGCCAUCAUGUCCAUCUCUGGUGAGUUUAAACUUAUCAGGAAAUCCAUCUGUCACAUCAGCAGGACUGCACAGCAUCCUGUCGUCUGUGAGAGACGCUGGUCGAGCUUUGACCCUUCUAAAUCUUCAAGGUUGUCAGGUGUCGGGCCCCUGGGACAGUGCAGGUCUGGAUGGUUUGUCAGAACUAGUUAAGGAUCUCCGUCUUUGCUCUCAGGGACUGAACAAGCUCGACCGGCAAAUCUUAAAGCAAUGCUGGGGUGGCGGUCUGUCACGCAAACACAUCAUUGACCGACAUACCAAGUGCCUGUUCUCUGCUGCAGCCUCAUCAUAAACCCUCUUUUGGUCUGACGAUGGCAGAUCUUGAUCAGUGAUAUGGAAUUUUGAGCUGUGUGAAAUUAGUAGUUGGUGGCAGAGGCUGCACACUUACUCUUCAGAGGAAACCUUACCCUAUUUUUAAUCUGAAGAAAAAUUCAUCCACAACAUCUUAAAAGUACAGCGGCAGUUCC